GAGACUCGCUACUCGGCGAGCUGUCAGAAGAAGAUGGCGUCUUCGCAAGCAAGCGUACCGGACCUGUGCGGCUCUCAAAUCGAGAGGUUUUUGGACGCCGUCCAGCAACAUCCUUGUGUCUACGACACCAAAAGAAUGGAUUACCGGGAUGCGGAGCGAAAAAGCAACGCGUGGGAGCAGAUACGUGUGUACUCCGGCCUCUCAAAAGUCGAUGAGUGCCUGAAACUGUGGAAGCGGCUGAGGGAUCGGUACACUCGCGAACUCAAAGCUAUUGAAGAGACGAAAAGGAGUGGCAGCGGCUACGUGUCUCGACGGGCCUGGGAAUUCACAGAGUCCAUGGCCUUUUACAAACACUGCGGCCGUCAGAGGAAAAUGACAUGCAGUCUGGAGCUAGCCACUUAUGGUGAUGAUGGCGAGACGGCCGAGAGCAUCUUUGCAACCAUGGGAAAUACGCCGCCAUCACCCUCAGGUGUUGAAAGUCCCAUGGAUUCCCUACAGGAGCUAUCGAUGCCAGCAACGUCGCCACCAUUGGCAGAACGGCCACCGGAAACCGGUAAAGAAGAGGCUGCAGCAAAGCAUAAAAAAGGAAAAAAGAACGACAACUUUGAAGAGCAGCUGUUGAGCAAACUCGACAGCAAAAUGGGAGAAAAUGAGGCCUUUGGAAUAUCCAUUGGCCUCAGCUUAGACAACAUGCCACGUAAGGUGGCACUGAAAUGCAAAGCACGAAUAAUGACAUUGAUUGCAGAAAUGGAGGAAGAAAACGAUGUGCACACCAUCAACAUUAGUUAAACUUUGGUUAUGAUAAUUCUUGAAUAUGUUUUUUUCUCUUUAAGUACUGCUGCACUUUAAAAAUUAUAAGUUUUCUAGAGGUAACAGGAUAGCGUAAAUGUACUAUGUUCGCAUCAGAAAUCAUGUAAGGUCUACUUGCUUUCUUGUUUGUUAUGCUUCUCUUUUUGCUCGUGGGCGAUGCCGACACCGAAUAUUCUGCGAAACAAUUUCCUAAAUGCUAUCGCAUUAAAAAGUAGCAAAUCGAUACAAAUGCAAUUUAUGGUUUCCUACAUGCCAAAACCAUGAUCUCAUUAUGAGGCACACUCUAAAUGGAGUUAAUUUUGACUGCCUGUGAUACACUAUGAAGCUGCUAAAUUCAAGUACAUGGGUGUUCUGCCAUUUCGCCCCUAUCCAUAUGCGGCCACAAGGUUCAGAAACAAACCAUCGUUAUUCGCAGAGCUACACUUCGCCUGCUAAGCUUCCAUGCCGGGUUAUCAAUACAGAGAAUACAAAUGUGAUAUAAUGCAAGUGUGAUACGCUGUUUACCAAUGCUGUGAAAAAAUAUAUUAAGUGCCAGUACACGGACAAUAUGUAUACAACAUUAUGUAUCUUGAACGCCACAUAGUAUGUUACUGUGAGCAUUUCUUUCUUGGUGAUGUGUGUUCCAUUACUAUCCAAGA